AUGGCGCCCAUCGCCUUAUCUCCGCCAUCUUCCCCCUCCCCGAGAACAGCAGCCACGCAAGCGUCUCCCUCCGUCUCGCUGAACCGGUAUCGGGGCUACGACCACGUGCACUGGUACGUCGGCAACGCCAAACAAGCCGCCUCAUACUACAUGACGCGGUUCGGGUUCCGGCUCGUCGCCUACCGCGGUCUCGAGACGGGAUCCCGCGCCGUCGCCAGCCCCGUCGUCAGCAACGGGCAUGUGACAUUCGUGCUUACCUCGCCUCUACGGAGUCGGGAUCGCGCUGAGGGGUUCGGUCGGGAGGAGAGCGCGCUGUUGGCGGAGGUGCAUGAGCAUCUGUCAAGGCAUGGUGAUGGGGUGAAAGAUGUGGCGUUUGAGGUCGAUGAUGUCGAGGCGGUGUUUCAUGGCGCUGUGGCGAAGGGGGCGGGGGUUGUGAGUCAGCCGCGGGUGUUGGGCGAUAAGGAGGGAGAGGUCAAGGUGGCGACGAUCAAGACGUAUGGCGAUACGACGCAUACGCUUGUUGAGAGGGGGAGUUAUCGGGGGUCCUUCUUGCCGGGGUAUCGGUCUGAGGUGGGUAAAGUGGAUGCGUUGACGAGGUUUCUGCCGGAGGUGGAGCUGGAGGCCGUGGAUCAUUGUGUGGGGAAUCAGGACUGGGGUGAGAUGGAGGAGGUUUGCGAAUACUAUGAGCGCUGUUUGGGUUUCUCUCGCUUCUGGAGCGUGGAUGACAGCCAGGUCUGCACAGAAUACUCGGCUCUGAAGUCCGUUGUCAUGGCAUCACCGAACGAGGUCGUAAAGAUGCCCAUCAACGAGCCUGCAAAGGGCAAGAAACGAUCCCAGAUCGAGGAGUAUGUCGACUUCUACUCUGGUGCAGGGGUUCAGCAUAUUGCUCUUCGAACACGAGAUAUCAUCCGAGAUGUGACCAACUUGAAAGCCCGAGGUGUCGAAUUCAUCCAGGUACCAGAUACCUACUACGACAUGAUGGAGAAACGGCUGAAGAAGCAAAGCAUGGUUCUGCAAGAAGAUUGGGACACUUUGAGAAGAUUGCAUAUCCUCGUCGACUUCGACAGCGAUGGUUAUCUGUUGCAGCUUUUCACCAAGCAUCUGAUGGAUCGGCCAACCGUCUUCAUCGAGAUUAUUCAACGCAACAAUUUUAAUGGUUUCGGUGCGGGAAACUUCAAGUCCCUGUUUGAAGCCAUUGAAAGGGAGCAGGAGCUGCGAGGCAACCUCGUGUAA